AUGGCAUCCGAGACAGGCACCUUCUCUGCGCCCCCGCAGGUGCACACCUUUGAUGGUGUCCUAUCUGAUUUCGAUGGCACAAUUGUGGAUUCUACAGAUGCUAUCGUCAAGCACUGGCACGAAAUUGGUGCCGAGCUCGGCAUCGACCCAAAGACUAUCCUGGCCACCUCUCACGGCCGCAGAAGCAUCGAUGUGAUGCAACUAUACGAUCAGAGCAAAGCGAACUGGGAAUAUGUCAACUUCGUUGAAGGCCUCAUCCCAAAGAAAUACGGUUCCGACGCCGUCGAGAUCCCCGGAGGUCGGGACCUCCUCGCAGCCCUAGAAGACUCCGGCGCGAAAUGGGGAGUCGUCACAUCAGGCACAUCAGCCCUUAUUGACGGCUGGCUGGGCGUUAUGAAGCUCGCCAGACCCAAGAUUCUCGUCGUCGCUCAGGACGUUGAGCUCGGCAAGCCGGAUCCACGAUGCUACCUGCUCGGCCGUAAGAAGCUUGGAAUUGAGGAAUCAACAAACAUCGUUGUGUUUGAGGAUGCGCCUUCUGGAAUCAAAGCUGGAAAAGCAGCUGGGUUCAAGGUGAUUGCGCUGACGACGACGCACGCUUUGGAAAAGCUUCAGGCGGCUGGGGCGGAUUGGAUUGUGGAAGACUUGCGUAGUGUCUCGGUGAAGGGCGUUGUGGAUGGGCGGGUCCAGAUUGAGAUCGCGAAUGCCUUUCAAUAG